AGACGACAAAACACUGCUCAGUCAGAAAAAGCCGGCAGCUCGUCCUCGUCAGUGGAAGCACGGCAGCGUGACUUUCUCAAUCAGUCAGGAUUUAAUGCCUCGGUGACUCGGGCUCACCACUCUUUUCGCAGACUCAACAACUUGUGGAUGUUUAAAAAUAGCUCCCCAGUGAAUAGGAUUUCGGCCUUCAAUAUGAUCUUUCAAUACUCUUCGUUUCUCAUCUCUGCCUGCUUGGUUCUUGGUCGCUUAUCGUACGGAGCACCGACGACGCCGUCCACGCCGUUCAGCCAAUUCGACGUGGGCAGCAGCAGCGCGUACGAUUUCGUCAGCACCGUCCUGCUCGACGAGCCCAAGACGCGGCUCGCCACCGGUGCCGAGGCCAAGGACGUCGGCUUCCAGAUCGCCGCCACCCUCGAGGUCGCCUCCCUGUGGAACAGCCCUGCCGACGCCAACGACAAGAUCCUACAGCUCACGUUGAAAAAGCCAAUCCUCCACAUAAAAUCACGGAAAGCACCUGCGCCUGAUGGCUUCGUGACGCACACUUCCAAUCUCGAGUCGCUGAAGAACAGCCCUUUCCUUGUGCACUGGAGCAACGGCGGGGUCAAGCACCUGUUCGUGGCAGAGGACGAAAACCUGUCGAUGGUGAACCUGAAAAGGGGCAUCGCCAGCCUCUUCCAGUUUCGCACUUUCGACGUCGAAGCGAAAGAAAGCGACGCGUCCGGAUUCUGCGAUGUGAAAUACGCGACGAGUGAUGGGAUCGCCGUUGAAAAGACCAAGAGCAAUUGCGUCGCGCACAAAGGCGUCGUCCCGUUCACCAUCCACCCUGACAAAGUCUUUGGCCUCGCUGUGAAUGGAAACAGGAAAACCGAGUAUGUGCUCAAGAGUGACGCCUCCGCCGUUGACAGCAUCACAUCCUCGGAAUACCACGAAAUGACCGUGGUCGUGCGACACGAGGCAGGUGGAUCCGUGGCGGCCAAGCAGGAACUCAAGUUGAUUGAUUCGUCGAGCGAUGCGAAACCAGUGAAAGGCUCCUCUCUCGAGGAGGCCGUCCAGCAAAUAUCGUCCAAAAACGGCGCGAAAUACGUCAAAAAGGAUAUUUUAUUGGAAAACGAGCCGCAAACCUGCCAAGAUGAGUGCCCAUCGUUCGCGAAAGUGGUUCGGGACAACAAGAGUAAUCUCCAAGCGUCCAGCUUGGGCACCAUUAAAUCCUCCUCGUCGUUCAUUAAAGCUGUGAAAGUGGCGAGAAAGUCAAAGGAAGAAGAUCUUUCCAAGGUGUUGAGCCACGCCAAACAUGCCGAUAUUUUGCCUCAGCUAAUUGAUAUCGUUGCUGCCGCGCAAACAACCGCGUCGCACAACGCAGCCGUCAAAGUCCUAGAUUUUAGUUCAGAGAGAACCAUCGACCUUCCAGAAAGGUACCUUUGGUCUCUUUCAUUCGGAUCUCAGCCGCUCGAGUCAGUCAUUAGAGAUUUGCUCAGUCGGGCCGAGAAAAAUAUUCCUAGUCAAAAACUGAGCGAAACUCUGGCCCUGACGAUCUCAGGAAUGACCAAAAAAUGGCUCAAACUGCCUGGAAAUUCAGAGAAGGGAUUAAAGAACGAAGUGCGCAACUGGGUACUGAAGAAAUUGCAGAGCUGCGACCUAUCCGAGGAGGAUUGCAAACUCAUGUACAUCAGAGCCCUGAAAAACUUGGGCCUCUCUGAAACAAUCCCUGACCUCAUCGAGCUGGUGCAAACGGGCAGCAGGAAGGUGUGCGUCACUAGCAUGAAAGCGAUUUACGGAAUGCCAAAAUCCGCGUGGAACCAAAAGGUGCGCGACCUUUGCAUGAGAGUGUACCUUCAGCUCGGCCGGCGUUACGACUCGAGCGCCCGCACGCUCGCCGUCGACCUUCUCCUCGAGGCCGGCGUGGACAAGGAGGAGCUGCACCAAAUGCUGGCCGCGAUGAACCACUUCAUCACCAAGGAUUCGCAGGAGGUGGGCCAGUAUCUUCUGCAGAGACUGCGUCAGGUGGCCGAAAAGAGAAAGGAGCUGUGGCAGACCUUCGUGUCGAUCCUGCGCGAAAACGAGACGAGGCUGAACAACUACCACGUGCUCGGGCAGAGGGGCAUGGCCACCGCCUUCACCAGGGAAUUCCUCAACACGGCCAGCAGCAACGGCAGUCUCGUUUCCACCCUCGAGUUGGCCGGCGGCAUCCUCAAGAGGAGCACCCUGGAUGUCGUCAUUGAGGGAGGCGACGACGCGCAAGCCAUUUUCACGAUGGGAAUGUUUGCGGGUGGAUUGAGCAGUUUCGUCUCGUCGGACGAUGUUGCUGCGCCCUCUGAGGAGGAGGAGAGUGCCAACGCGGGCAUGGAACUGACCGUCAUGGGCGUGCAAGUGCGGCCGUUCGUGUUUUUCGAGGGCCAGGGUGAACUGAUGGGGCACGUGUGGUCUGGAACUGGCUCGGAAAGAACGCCGGCUUUUCAGGCUCUAAUGCUGCUGCACGACCACUUUGAACAAAUCAGCCUGCAGAAUGGCUUUGUGGCGGAACUCUCGAUGACCGGCGGAAUUUCCUUCAACCUUGCUGGUGAAGUCCAGCUCAGUCUGUGGAACAGAAAUGCCCAUUCUGUCGUCGAGAAAAACGCUGGUGUGGUUUUGCAAGGGAUUAUCACGGUCGACACGUCCUUUGUAAAGAGCAUGGUUGACUUUAAUAUCGCAUCUGAGCCCCGUUUGAAUUUGGUCUCGGACGUUAAUUUUUACAACAAAGUAGCGCUGUGUCUGCAGCUGAGACAGCCAGACAUGACUGUCAAACACAACAUUCACAAAGUGGAGAGAAUACCCGGAAGCAAACAUAGGCUGCGGAAGUCGAAGUACAAGACAUUCAAAGUGGCAGGGAAAACGUACGCCUUGAACCAGAAGAACAAUGAAAUGUGUAAUGAGCUUUUCAGCGAAGAGUAGCUCCACGGGAAAUUUCAUCUAAUCAAAGACUGCGUUCAGCAGAGUGUGGUUCAUUCCAAUGCGUGAUUGUGUUAGACAGAUUUUCUUGUUACGCUCGAGAUUAAAGAAUGAGAGGAGGCUGUGAGAAAAUACGCUGCAUCAAACUGUAUACCACGCGCUGAUUGCUCAAGGUGGAUUUUAAUUACCAUUUGUAAUAGAGACCACUUUUAUAUUCAGGUUUGAAAAUAUAGUAAAUUUUAUUGCUCCUCAAAAUGCACAAAUUUGGUGACUAGAAAUUAUUAUGCUUUCAGCUAUUUUUAAGAAAUUUUUUUAUAAAUUAAUGCUUGUCAGCGGCAUCCACACUCGACCACGACCAUGUCUUGGUAGCUGAGCCUGUAGGUGAGGACGCCGUUUUGGUCCAAGUAGAGCAUCGAUAUGGGCUUCAGUUUGGUCGGCACGCAGCACGGUUUUUGUGCUUUCCGAGGGUUGGUCGAGUGCACGAGAGACUGGAUUAUCGAGUGUUUCGUCGGGGUCAAAUGUUCACUGAUAGGGUAAACGCACUUGCCGGCACACUGAUAAGCCUGCGCAUGCAUUAUCAGCUUUUAGUUUGAGAAACAACGAGUCAAAGGUCAAUAAGUUACCAACCUCGUAGCCCUCGGGAGCGACUAUCCAACUGUUGUACUGGAUUUCGGUAAAGUCCACGAACAUCGGCUUCCGCCGACACGGGUUUUUAAACAUUUUCUUCACGGGAUGCGCGGUUGCUUUUGGCUCCGGAGUGGUCGUUGUGGUGGUGUGCAGAGCGGAGGCCGCCCUCACGCCGAAAUCCUCGUCCCAAAUGUUGUUUGUCUCCUCUUCAUAAUCGUCCAGUUCCUGCCAAUUAAUAUUUUAAUCCCUUCU